AUGGACCACCCCUUGUUUUGGCUGCUGAUGCUUUUUCACCACAGAAGCUGCCUGGGAGAUGCCUGGGUCUUGAAUAACUUUCUCAUGACAGGACCCAAGGCCUAUCUGACCUAUGCAAGCAGCGUCCAGGUGGGCGCACAAAGCGGGAUAGACGAGUGUAAGCGUCAGUUCGCGUGGGACAGGUGGAACUGUCCCGACAGCGCCAUCCAGCUGAAAGGACUGCGAAGCGCCACUAGAGAGACGUCUUUUGUCCACGCCAUCAGUGCAGCAGGUGUCAUGUACGCCCUGACGAGGAACUGCAGUCUCGGGGAACUUGCGAGCUGCGGCUGCGAUGUCUCCAAGAAGGGCAAAACCGGGGGAGCCGGCUGGUUAUGGGGUGGCUGCAGCGACAACGUGGAGUUCGGAGAGAUGAUCUCCAAACAGUAUGUGGAUGCGCUGGAGACUGGCCAGGACUCUCGGGCUGCUGUCAACCUGCACAACAACGAGGCUGGGCGGCUGGCUGUGAAGGCGACGAUGAAACGCAUCUGCAGAUGCCACGGCAUGUCCGAGAGCUGCAGCGUCCAAACCUGCUGGACACAGAUCUCCGACUUCAGGGACAUUGGCGCGUACUUAAAAACCAAGCACGGCCAGGCGCGCAAGCUGGAGAUGGACAAAAAGCGCGUGAGAGCUGGCAACAGCGCGGACAACCGCGGCGCCAUAGUGGACGCUUUCAGCAACAUCGACCAGGCGGAGCUCCUCUAUCUGGAUGACUCGCCAGACUACUGCAAAAAGAAUGCCAGCCUGGGGCUUCAUGGCACCGAGGGGCGGGAGUGCCUGCAGCAUGGGGACGGCUUAACCCAGUGGGAGAGACGCAGCUGCCGCAGGCUGUGCCAGGAGUGCGGGCUGAGAGUGGAGGAGAGGCGCACGGAGGUGGUCAGUAGCUGCAACUGCAAAUUCCACUGGUGCUGCAAGGUGCAGUGCGAGGACUGCUCUCGCGUCAUAGCCAGUCAGGUGUGCGCACGGAGAGAGGGUGCCCACGGAUUUGGCUACCGGAGGCGAUUUCGAGGACCCAAAUAG